AUGUACUGCCCUACCUCCAAAAAUGAAUGGUUGUUUUGUGGAGCCUUGUUUACACAGGGAUUAGUAGUCACCCUUUUAGAAAUCUUCCUACUCAUCGAGUGGCUGUUCUGGGUGAAUCCCAAUAUCACACAGGUCCAGAUCUCCUAUACUAUUCCUAUCGGAAUGGGCAUCUUAAUCUUCGCCUGCGUGUACGAAGCACUCCUCAGUCUUGACGCAAUUCACCACAGGAACAACAUCUCCCUCGCCGCAAUCUGUUUUAGCAAUAUGUUUGUUCUCGUAUACGCGAGCAUUCAGUAUUUAGAAACACAAACUGUUGUCACCGGAGUUAGAUAUGAGUACGAUGGGGUGCGCCGUCGCUUGGUGGACUCUGUGAAAGACAUGUGGAAAAUUAUGCAGCCGGCGGCACUGAUCAUUCCCAUAGUUAUUGGGAUGUGUUCUAUCGCUAUGGUCCUUGGAGCAUAUCGACUUCAGCGAGAAUACACAUGGCUGAUAUAUAAGGCCAUUAACGGCAGUCCCACCCUCCGGCUGCGUUAUCUUGCAUACGAGUGCUACCUGGUUCUGGCGAAAUACGUUUUCUUUUUCUUGGUUGCCUUCAUCGUGGAGUACAGUCUAGUGGACGUCCAUUUCGACGAACCGGAAUAUAGCCUCACCUUGGCCUUGAUCCCAGCUUCCUUCAUGGCGCUCGCCCUCGGGAUCUACUGUGUGAAGAAGGAGUUGAAAUGGGCCAUGGUUUUCAUUAUCAUUUGCUUUAUAGGACUCCUCGUAUAUCUCCUCAGCCGUGUUGUUGUCCUCUGCGGCACAUCGCAACGUGCUCACACAGCUAGCAAAGACGUGAUGCUACUUUUUGCCAGCAUAACACUCGCACUAACGGUUCUAACCGUGGGAACUGCCAUCCUAUGCGUCAUAAAUUUCGACCAUGGUGUAGCAAGCAUCAAUCCUCGCCAAUCUCGGACUUCAGUGAUUUACCUCCUUUACUUGUUCUAG